UUAAAAUUGUCAUUGAAAAACGUUGAUUGCUUGGUGUUCAGGCCACACAUGAUUAUCUGUUCGUUAUUUAGUUAAAUAUAUAUUGGCUAACAUUAAAAGUAUGUCGGAUUCAGAUGAAGUAAUAACUAGCGAUCUAGAGGACGAAUCCAUUGGCGAUAGCUCAAAAAGUGCAUAUGCUGAAUUGCCUAGCGGUGAAAUCAUUAUUGAAGAAUCUGGAACUGAAAGCUCUGAUGAAAGUAUUGUAAUUCGAAAGCGUAAUAGUAAUGGGGCAAAAAGCCGCCGACGUAUUAUUCAGUCAGAAUCGGAAGAGUCUGAUGAGGAUGACGAGUCUGAUGAGGAUGACGAGUCUGAUAGACAGGCCUUAUCACCACGCACUCGAAUGAGUAUUACAGGGGUAAGGCCAGAGGACCUUUCGGAUUCUAGCGAAAUUGAGUACUCGGACGCGCGAUCAGAAGUAGAAGAUUCAGUGGAAAAGCACAACACAGAAAAUGGAGAAGAAUCUCACACUCUUAAAGUUAAAAACUCAUUUGUGGAUGGAUCAGCGUCGGAGGCAGAAGCUGAAGAACACACUACUGAAGAAGAAACGACAAAUAGCAUUAUUGAUGAGGGCGAAACUGUGAAAGCAAAAUUUGUGGAGGACACAAACAAAGUAGCAAAUGUUCCUGUUACACCGAAAAAUAAUCAAUUUCAAACGAAACAAGCCAAUGUUGACUCACCCAUGAGCUCAGGUCGAUACAGUAUGCAGUUUGAAAGAGCUAUAAAAGAAAAAUUAUCCUCUACCAUCUAUCAGGCAAGUCCAAAAGAUACAUAUCGAUCCCGAGUAGAUACGUCCGAUGAAAGUGAUGUUCAGGUGAUUAGUUUUAAGGAGAAAACCAUAGAAAUUGGUAGCAGUAGUGAUGAAAGUGAUCAGGAGAAUAUACCAACAACCAAUACUUCCAGCUACUUAAAAGGAGAAUUGAUUAAACCUAAACCACACCUAGUGCAACCGAAAAUUCCAGGAGUAAUUAAAGCUACUGAAUCUAUAGUCAACGCCAAGGUCAUGGCCAAGGAUGAGCAACUUGUUUCUAAAGAAUUUUUUGACAAGGAAUUAAAAAAAUUGCACGAACUGAAGAUUGAAUUACAAAGUGCGGAAAGGUUGCAUGAAAAAAUAGCACAGAGUUUACCUGAUGGAGGGCAGCAGCUUUCUCUCCGAAUUGAGCGCUUGCGCCAUGAUUUUCAUAUUAAAUCUAGGUAUGUAACUACGCUAAAAGUUGAAGAUGCCGUCGCUUCAAGCUCAAACCAUCAAAUUCAAAAUAAAGUAGAUCCACUGAGCUGGGAAGACCUCUCGAAGGCUGUAAAUCAAAUUCAACCUACACAUACGGGCAAGCAAGGUCUGGCCACAUUCAAUGCGCAACGCGAAUUGACAGUUGAACGCCUAAAGGAUAUUCAUAGCUCGUUGAAGUCGUGUCCUACUGAAGAUGUACUUGCUGAAGAUCCAGUUGGUUUACAUGUAACUCUAAUGGAUCACCAGAAACAUGCACUGGCUUGGAUGACUUGGCGCGAAAACCAACGACCUCGUGGUGGUAUUCUUGCUGAUGAUAUGGGUUUAGGAAAGACCCUAACAAUGAUAUCACUAGUCCUUGCCUCAAAGAACUGUCCAGAGCAAGAAAGUAAUAUUGAAAAUGAUGAUUUGAGUGAAUUGGAAAAUGAAAAUGAGGGCUGGACAUCGAAAGGUCGACGAAAUUUUUACCCAGGAGGUACAUUGGUCAUUUGUCCAGCGAGCUUAAUUCGCCAAUGGGAGGGAGAAGUUGAGAGUAAAGUCAAGCGUCACAAGCUAACUGUUUGUGUCCAUCACGGUAAUAAUCGUGAUUCCAAACCAAAACAUUUGCGUACCUACGAUAUUGUCAUUACUACUUACAAUAUUGUGUCGCGUGAACAAAAAUCUCAAGGUGCGCUAUUUGGUAUUAAAUGGCAGCGUAUAAUACUUGACGAAGCUCAUGUGAUACGCAACCAUAAAGCGCAAAUGUCAAUGGCUGUAUGUGCCCUAAGUGGCAAAAAUAAAUGGGCUCUGACCGGUACGCCUAUACAAAAUAAAGAAAUGGAUGCCUAUGCGCUAAUAAAGUUUCUGCGAUGUUCACCAUUUGACGAACUACCUCACUGGAAAAAGUGGAUUGAUAACAAGAGUGCGGGAGGUCAACAACGCUUAAAUGCCUUGAUGAAAUCACUUAUGCUUCGGCGUACCAAAGUGAUGCUUCAAGAGCGCGGAGCUCUAAAUUGUUUGCCAGAGAAACGCAUGGAGCUUAUCGAAGUAAGCUUAGAUAAAGACGAAAUGAAUGUUUAUCAGAAGAUAAUGGUAUACUCGCGCACACUAUUUGCGCAAUUUCUGCUACAAAGAGCCGAACGAGAGACGGGUGUUAUGUACAGAGAGGAUAGUAAUCGCCCCACUUUUAGACAAACCAAAGAUCCGAAUGGUGCGUACUACAAAGUACAUGAGAAAUUCACAAAACUGCAUCGUGGCCAAAAGGAUGUGAAAUCGCACGAAAUUUUAUUGUUGCUGUUAAGGCUGCGCCAAAUUUGUUGCCACCCAGGUUUAAUUGAUGCGAUGCUUGACGAUGCUGAUAACGCCGAGAAUAUGGAAAGCGAAAGUGAAGAUGAAAAGCUAAAAAUUGAUUUACUUGAGCAGUUGAACAACUUGGCAAUCAAUGACAGCUCAGAAAAUCGUAGUUUGGAAGGUGAUAAAGGGCUAAAACCUGAGGAAGAAGUUAUUGCCAAAGCUUCAGCGAAAGUCUUACAACGCAGAAAUCCAAUAUUUAAUAUAAAGCGACCAUCAUCAAAAAUCAAAAAGGUUCUUGAAAUUUUGAAACAUCGUGUUCUGAAUGGAAAUGACAAGGCUAUUGUAGUCUCGCAAUGGACGAGCGUUCUGAAUAUACUGAAGUUACAUUUGGAGGAACAGGGUAUCGGAACGUUGUCUCUUAAUGGCACUAUACCCGUCAAGAACCGUCAAGAGAUUGUCACAAAUUUUAAUAAUGCAAAUAUUAACAAGCGAAUUCUGCUACUUUCGCUAACAGCAGGGGGAGUAGGUUUAAACUUAGUCGGCGCUAAUCAUUUGUUAAUGAUCGACUUGCAUUGGAAUCCGCAAUUAGAAGCACAGGCGCAAGAUCGCAUUUAUCGUGUUGGGCAAAAGAAAAAUGUGGUUAUUUAUAAAUUCAUGUGCAAGGACACUGUAGAAGAGCGCAUAAGAGCAUUGCAGGAGCAUAAAAUGUCGAUAGCAGAUGGUGUACUUACGGGUGCGCGUUCGGCAGAGGGUAGCAAACUUACUAUGGAAGAUCUCAGGGGUCUUUUUGGCAUGUAAUUAAUUUUAUGUUCGGAAGAUAACAGGGGUUUUUUUUUAGCUUGUAAUUAUUUUUAUGUUUCAGUAUUCUAUUUUAAAUAUUCCAAUGAACACAUUUUUUUGAUAUGUUAUUUUUUAUGUCUUUAUGAACCGCUUAGUUAAUACGUGAAUAAAUACAUACAUAAUUAAAAAUAAA